UAAAUCUAUAGUGGUCACUCCAGUGUUUUUUUCAGGAGCUAAAUACAGAAAACAAAAGGUUUGUCCGAACUUAGCCUGAAUGCAUCACUUCCUCGCAAAGCUUCCAUCUUUAUUUACCUGGUAGGAGCUCCACCAAGCGGACAAAAUUGGAGUUGCAGGGAGCUGGAUUGUUUUUCUUCAGUGUCAGUGCGACGUGACUGCGUUAUGAGCGGCAGGGAAACUGUGGUUAUUACAGGGUUUGGACCGUUCAGACAGUUCUGGGUGAACCCGAGCUGGAGAGCAGCCCAGGACCUGAAGUUGUGUGGAUUGGGUGAGAGGAUUGAAGUUCACAUCAAGGAGAUACCAGUGAGUUAUGUUCAAUCUCAGCAUGUCAUUGCUGAGAUUUGGCAAACUCUCAACCCAAAGUUUGUAGUACACCUGGGUGUAGCCAGAGGUUGCCGUGUGGUCAUUCUGGAGCAAACAGGAAAGAACAGCGGAUACAGAGACAGAGAUGUGUGCGGUUUCUCUCCUGAAAGUCUCCGCUGCGUGAAUGAAGGACCAGAGAAACUCUGCUCCGUCGUUAACAUGCUUCAUGUUUCCAAACUCUUCAGAAAGUCAGGGAUGGACGUUCUGUGUUCACGAGACGCCGGCCGGUUCCUGUGUGAAUUCACAUAUUACUGCUCACUGUAUCAUGGACAGGGAAGAGCAGCUCUCAUCCACAUACCAACACAUGGACCUCUGGCCUCAGCAGACACACUGCUGCCUCUGCUGAAGAGCAUCAUUCAAACCAUGCUCGGUCAAAUGGAUGAUGACGCCUCACAAAACCAAUCAUGAACAAAUCUCACAUUUCUUGAGGAAAAUAAGUACAAUUUCAACAACAAUAUGCCUAAAUUUACCGUUUACUGUUAACCAGUCUUAAGUAGCUUAAAGGGAUAAUUGAGUAAAAGUAUCUUGCCAGAAAAUGGUAGAAGUUGAGGUCAGUAAAAGUCGAGUUGUCUUUCAACUGGAAGGUUGGGGGUUCAAUUCCUGACUUUGCUAGUCUAUAUGUAUCACUGGAUGGAAACUGCAGUGUGAAGCAGUUCAUCAAGACUAGAAAUGCUCUCUAUAAAUACAGACCAUAAUACUAACUCUUCUUCUUCUGAUUUUAUUUGGUAGUAACAGGUAACAAAGAUAGAGGAAAUGUAGUGGCGUAAAAGUAAAGUACAGAUAUACGUGAAUUUUAUACCUCAAACUGAAAAAUAAUUCAUUUUAUGAAAUAAUUAAAAGGAAAACAUCCUGCGGGCUGGAUUGGACCAUCUGGUGGGCCGGUUCAUUCUACAAUGAAUGAAUGAAUGAUCUAAAUUGCAAUGGAAUGAAAUAGAAAACGCCGUCAUCGUUCUCAUUCAUUUAUUUAUUUAUUCAAAAUUUCAGAAAAAAAAGAAAAUACAAGAAGUUCUCAGAUACAUAUUUGGAGACGGCGAGUCAAAAAUACACCAUCUCGCUAUAGGUGUGAAAAAAGUUUGAGGCCUCAGAUACACAUGAGUUUGAAAGAGUCUAGUGAAGAGUUUUUGAUUAUUUCUUUUCCCCCAAAUCAGGUAAUAACACACACACACACACACACACACACACACAAGUAUUAUAGAGUCGUAGACCUUUAGAAGGUGUAGGAAUGCAAAUCAUAAAAAGAGAGGCAUGAUGAUGACAAACCUCAAACCUAUUAUUGCAGUUUGAACACCUCCAUGAACCUGAGGUCUGCAUGAAGAACAUUCUGAAGGUAAAUGAUAGAUGACUACGUUAGUUACUGUCUAUUUAAAUAAAGUGUGUUUUUCUUCUAAUCACGUUGUUUACUCUUAACCACGUCUACCCGUAAUCUACACAACGUCCCUGUCAUAUAUGUGUCCACGUGUGUGUUUUGUCAAAAAGGCUGCGACAGGUUUGUGAUCUAUAGGUCACUUCAUCUCACAA